AUGGGUCGGCGCAUCGACAGUCAUGUUAAUCUCGCCGUGCUUGCCGUGGCAGCAGUCGCUAUCGUCGUCGUUUCUCUCCUCGCCGCGAUUCCGUCUGCUGCGGCGGCAACUCCGCGUGCUGGCGGCUGGUCUACCGUGAAAGACGCGGCAUCGGAUCAGCACGUGGCGGACUUGGCCAACUUCGCCGUCGACGCGUACAACAAAAAACAGAACACGUGCCUCAGGUUCAUCUCGGUUCUGAGUGCGAAGAGCCAGCUGGUCGCCGGCACCAAAUGGAGCAUCACUCUGCAAGCCGUCGCCCCAGCACCGAACACCGCGCACAUCCGCAUCAACCCACCCCUGACCACCUACGUGACUGAGGUUUUCGAGAAACCUACGGCAGCGGUAAAGCAGCCUACGGGGGUAGCACACCUGGCGGUACAGCCGGUUGUAAAACUGCCGGUGGUGGGCGAUGGGCAGACGUCAGGCGUGGCGCAGCCAGCAGUGGGCAAUGGUCAGCCGGCAGGGGUAGCGCAGCCGGUGGGAGAUGGACAGACGUCGGGUGUGGUGCAGCCGGUGGGUGGUGGGCAGCCGUUGGCGGUGCAGCAGCCGGCGUUGGCGGAUUCUCUCAAGCUGGUCUCUUUUGCCAAGAAGAAAUGA